AUGUUUCGCUUUUUCUCAUCCGACGGCCCAAAACCUGAUGAAAAGGCGAUUGAUAUUGAGAAAUAUCGCGCUUGUCAUCGUCAAUUGUGUCAGAGUCAGCAGCCAAGUGUAAUGUGUGAUACGCAUGCUGGAACGUUGAACGUCGAGGAUGAGCGUGCCCGUAAGAUUCCAGCCAAGUGGCGCCAAGAACAACGACAACAGCAACAGCACACACAGGUUCCAAUGAACAAUCAGCUUGACGUAGAGGUGCCCAUGAGCUUUAAUGCUUUUGACUUUUUAACGUCAUCUGAAGCCUUUUACGAGACGAAACAACAACAACAGCAACAAAUAGAAAACAAAGCUCCGUCGUCUUGCCAGGAUAAUCAGCAGUUUUCUGAAGAACAACAGAUCAGUGAGCGUCCCAGUAGUAAAGGCAGUUUGUGGGAAAGAAGAGUGUUUGCUUGUGACACGAAUGAAAGUAUCCGACAAGUACCGACACUAGGUCAAGAUGCUUUAUGGGAAAGUCCGAUGCACUAUGAUACAAAAGAUGCACAGCAACAAGCACUUUACUUCCAACCACAAUACUACGCGUGA